GGAAAGUUCAUUUGCGGAAACAAGACUGCCUCGUAACAAGGAGAGAUGGAAAGUUAGCUAGUAGCAGCCUCCCUGACGCAGUACCUUAAAAAAAAGGGCUUUAGGUGUUAAAAUCGCGGCCAUGGAUUCUCGUCUUUGGAAAGCGUGGAGGACGGAAACAGGGUAUUUGUUUGUGGCAGUAACCGUGGUUACAUUGUGCUUACAACCGGUCCGUGCAUUUGGGCAAAGCCAAGAGUUUACGUUUCUACUUCCAGCCGGAAGAAGCGAAUGUUUCUACCAGACGGCUACAAAGGGAGGCACGAUGGAGGUCGAGUAUCAGGUGUGUGUGUGUGUCCAGGUAAUCGCAGGAGCAGGGAUGGAUGUAGACUUCACCAUCCUCUCUCCUCAGGGCUUCUAUAUCAUCACAGAGCUCCGCCAAUCAGACGGCAUUCACAUGGUGGAUUUCACAGAAGAAGGCGACUAUCAGAUCUGUUUCGACAACAGCUUCAGCCGUUUCUCCGAGAAGUCCGUCUUCUUCGAGGUGAUCUUGGAGAAGCCGGCGGGGGACGUGGGCGGGGACGAUGAGUGGGCGGGGCUUGGGACGCCCGAAGGUACCCAAUUGGAGUACAAGCUGGACGAUAUCAGAGAGUCCCUGGACUCCAUCCACAGGCGUCUGGAGAGGAGUCGUCAGAUGCAGACAGUUCUAAGGGCCUUCGAGGCCCGAGACCGGAACCUUCUGGAAGACAACCUGUGGAGGGUCUCCUUCUGGUCCUGCUCCAGCCUGCUGCUGCUACUGGCUGUGGCUGGCACCCAGGUUUACACUGUUCGCCGGCUCUUUGACGACAAGAGGCGUGUCUGUACCUAGAUCCACGCCCACUCAGCGAGCGCAGCGGAGACAGGAAGAGGAGGAGCCAGAGGAGGACGUCAUCUCAGUUCACACGGUGCCUUGGGUGGGUUGACCUUUAACCCCUCACCCAGUCAUGUUGACCUUUAACCCCUCACGUCAUGUUGGGUUAGUUUGACUUGGAACAUCUUGUAGAGCCACGCCCCUCCCCCUCUGUUUUCAUUGGCCCACUGCCCCGCUGUAUGCCACUGAACAACCAAUCACACUGCAUGGUUUAGGGAGUUACUGAUGAUGGGGAACGUGCCUAUGCUGAUAUGUAGAUAAUGACAGAAGGAUUGUAGAUGUACGGGGGUAUGUGGUUUUUACUGUGAGUGAGUCAAACUUUUUAGCUUUCCCUGUUGCACAUUCCCCAUGUGUGACCUGAUAUAUUCCACAGGUAUAGAGGCCAACAUAAAGUUAGUGGAACAUGUCAUUAAGUUUACAGUCAAUGUCAAGUUUACUGAAUGUGUAAUCAUUGUAAAUUUAGCAAGGCCAGUGUAACGUUUACCAUGAUGUAUGUUCAGUUUCCUGAUCAUGUGGGCAGUGUGGCCGAGACCUAUGAUUGUACUUUUAAAGGGAUAAUGACACACAUCUACACGUCACCAUGGCAGUUACUGAAUUUUAUUGAAUUGUUUUUACACAAUAAAACGAGAUUUGAUUCACGUCUC